GUGGGCGGGGCUAGAGUCCUCCAUCCUGGAGACCUGGGUUAGCCUGCCCUCUUCCCACCACCACUAACAGGGUGCUGGAGGAAGAAGAGGCUGAGAAGGGACUUGAAUAGGUGGUGGGGGCCAGGGGCAGAGGCCUGGCCAGUGGAAUUGGGGUGUGGCUGGCGCCAUAUAAAAGACCCUGCGUGUCCUUAAGGUUCCACCCAGAACUCCCUGAGAGGUCCAGGGACAGAAGGCGACAUGAACUGUCUUCCGAACACAGGCCGUGGCCUCGUUCCUGCCUGGAAGACACUUCUACUAACAGGUACCCUGCUCACCUCCUGCACCUGCUCAGCAGCCUCCAAGCUGGCCCAGAUGGAAGGAGCUGGCACCUACCUGCCCGUCCCCAGAACCCUUGAUGGAGUUCUCAGCACUUCUUGGUCCCAAGAGCCGGAAGACCGGCCACCAGCCAUGAUUUCUCCCAAGGGCCUUCUGGGACUUCCUCACACUAGCCAAGACGUCGUACCGCACACAGAGGGCAGCUUGGUCAUCAGGAAUGUGGCAACUCAAGACACUGAGGUUCUGGACACCAGCAAGCCCCACGGGAGUUCAACAGAGCACAUUCAAGUCAAGUACAACCCCAGCCUGAUCCCACUGGUGACCUUCCCGGUGGCUUCGAAGGGUGUGAUCUACAGUGACCUUAACUACUCUGUGAUCCUGGAGUGGGCGACAAGAAUGAACCCAGAGCCUGUGCUGAGCUGGACCUUGAAUGGGAAGCCAUGCGGAACUGGGGAGAAACUAUUUAUCCGGAGACUGUCCCCAGAGCAACUGGGCACGUACCUGUGCAUAGCCAAGAACUCAGACAAAGAGCUGGUCUCUGAGCCCGUGACUGUCUCACUGAGUCAAGCCACCGAGGCUCCCACAGUUGCGGCUCCCACGGCUGCUUACCCCAUGAAGCCUGACGACUUCCUGUCCCUGUCUGGAGGAUCUGCCAUAGGCCUCCUCGUCGCGGCCACCCUGGGAGGUCUAGUGCUGCUCGGAGCUGUCUGCUUCUACCUAGUGCUGGCGCUGAAGAAAUAAGGAACAUGCAGCUGACCUGGAAAUCCCAGGAGAGGAAUCUCAGACAGGACGACUGCCCGCACUGAGCUCCUCCAGGACCUCCUCCCUCCCACUUUGCCGCCGGCCAUGUGUCCCCAAGAUGUUCCUGUCCUGUCCCAGCACUCGGGAGGCCCAGGCAGGCAGAUCUCUGUGAGUUCAAGGCCAACCUGGGCUACAGAGUGAGAUCCAGGACAGGCACCAAAACUACA